UCACUGUCUACUUCGACCUCACGCCGAAGCUUCCAGAAAGUUCUAAUCUCGCAGCCCGAGCCAUGGCCCUGGCCGAAGCCGAGAACCCGCCGCGCCGCCGCCGACCUGCGCCGGACCCCGUCGCGGUGCUCCGAGGCCACCGCGCCGCCGUCAACGACGUCUGCUUCCACCCCUCCCUCCCGCUCAUCUUCUCCGGCGCGGCUGACGGGGAACUCAGGGUUUGGGACACAGCGAGCCACCGCACUGUCUCCUCGGUUUGGGCUCAUGGUGGAUCGGCUGGUGUAUAUUCAGUGGCUGCUAGCACCAGACUUGGAAACAAAAUCAUUAGUCAAGGUAGGGAUGGAUCAUGCAAAUGCUGGGAAAUCGAGGAAGCUGGGCUUUCACGGAGGGCCCUAUAUACAAUCAGAACAAGUACAUACCAUUUCUGCAAAAUGUCACUCGUUAAGUCAACAUGUUCUACAUGCUGCACACAAUCUGGCUUGAUCUCCGCAACUGGUGAUAUUGAGUCACAAAGCACAGUUACUGAAGAACGUGAACUAGGCACUUGCUGUAAAGGACCAAAUAUAAUGGCAAUCGCUGGUCAAGAAUCAUCGCAGGUUGAACUUUGGGAUAUUGAUAACGCAAUAAAGGUAAUGUGCUUGCCUGAAACAGGCAGCGCUAAUCUGGCUGAUCACCCGACCAAGCAAAGAGGACUAUGCAUGGCUGUGCAAGCUUUCUUCCCUUGUGGUGCAGCUUAUGUAAAUAUUUUGUCAAGUUACGAAGAUGGAAGCACACUUUUGUGGGAUGUACGAAAUCCUGGUCUACCUGUAUCCUCAGUGAAAUAUCACUCAGAAUCAGCUUUAUCCAUUGCUAUUGAUGGGCUAUGCAAUGGGGGGAUCUCAGGAGGUGCUGAUGAUAAAAUUGUCAUGUUUGGCCUUGAUCAUCAAAAGGGUGCAUUUAUUCUCAGGAAAGAAAUAAAACUUGAGCGACCGGGUAUAGCAGGCACUGCAAUUCGGCCAGACAACAAGAUUGCAGCGACCGCUGGUUGGGAUCACAGGAUUCGUGUGUAUAGCUACAGUAAAGGAAACGCUCUAGCAGUGUUAAAGUAUCACAGUGCUUCGUGUAAUGCAGUGACAUUCUCAUCGGACUCCAAGCUGUUGGCUUCCUGCUCGGCGGAUACUACGGUUGCAUUAUGGGAGCUCUAUCCUCCCAAAACAGAUAGCCAAGUUGGUCUCAAAACGAGAGAUGAAAUAUCCCAAUAAUAUGGCCGGGCCUUCCUUUGAGGCGAUGCCUCUGCCUCUUGACUGGAGGAGCACACGGCGGAUGAAUUAGAGUUAGUUUAUGACAUGUUUUGAGUGUUUUUGACACGGCGGAAGAUCACGUGGCUAGCUCAUACUGAUUCAUGGGGGUCGGAGUUUUAAUCUCCGACCCUCCUUGCAUCACUUUUCCUUCAUUGGAUGUCUUUCUCGCUUUAGCGAAAUCGGUGUGGGAACGAGAGAUGAAAUAUCCCAAUUAAUAUGGCCGGGUCUUCCAUUGAGGCAAUGCCUCUGCUUCUUGACUAGAGGAGCAUAAGACGGAUGAAUUAGAGCUACUUUAUGAUUUGUUUUAGCAUUUAUGAAAGAAACUUAGCUUGUGAAUUUGAUGUGAAGGAACACAGAACGGAGGAUCCAGUUUUGCCA